CGCCACCGCCUGCAGGCUCCAUGUUGGCUCAAAUGGUCGAGACCAACUCCCCGCCGGCGGGUUACACGCUCAAGAGAUCGCCCAGCGAUCUCGGCGAGCAGCAGCAGCCACCCAGGCAGAUCUCGCGGUCGCCGGGCAACUCAGCCGCCUAUCACCUGACCACCGCCAUGCUCCUGAACUCCCAGCAAUGCGGCUACCUGGGCCAGCGACUGCAAUCGGUGCUCCAGCAGCAGCACGCCCAGCAUGCCCAGUCGCAGAGUCAAACGCCCUCCUCCGAUGAUGGCAGCCAGUCGGGAGUCACCAUUCUGGAGGAGGACAGGCGAGGAGGAGCCGCAGCCGCAUCCCUAUUCACCAUCGACAGCAUUCUGGGCUCCAGACAACAGGGCGGAGGAUCUGCCGCCAGCCAGGGAAACCACAUCGGCAGCAAUGGCAACCAGAAUGGACUGACCCCGAACGGCAUCAGUUUGGGACUUAAGAGGAGCGGCGCCGAGUCCCCCGCCUCGCCCAACUCAAACUCCAGCUCCAGCGCAGCCGCUAGUCCCAUCCGACCGCAGAGGGUUCCUGCCAUGCUGCAGCAUCCUGGCCUGCACCUGGGUCACCUGGCGGCAGCGGCGGCGAGCGGUUUCGCCGCCUCUCCCUCUGACUUUUUAGUGGCGUACCCCAACUUUUAUCCAAACUACAUGCACGCGGCUGCGGUGGCACAUGUGGCCGCUGCUCAGAUGCAGGCGCAUGUGAGUGGAGCAGCCGCCGGAUUGGCGGGUCACGGGCACCACCCGCACCACCCCCACGGACAUCCGCACCACCCACACCUGGGCGCCCACCACCACGGCCACGGGCAGCACCACCUGGGCCACCUGGGCCAUGGACCGCCACCGAAGAGGAAGCGUCGCCAUCGCACCAUCUUCACGGAGGAGCAGCUGGAGCAACUGGAGGCCACCUUCGACAAGACCCACUACCCGGAUGUGGUGCUCAGGGAGCAGCUGGCCCUCAAAGUGGAUCUGAAGGAGGAAAGAGUUGAGGUGUGGUUCAAGAACCGUCGGGCCAAGUGGCGCAAGCAAAAACGAGAGGAGCAGGAGCGCCUGAGGAAACUGCAGGAGGAGCAAUGUGGCAGCACCACCAACGGCACCACCGGAAACAACAACACCAACGGCGGAAGCGGCACCACCAGCUCCACCGGAAACGGUUCCGUGUCCGUCAAAUGCCCCGGAUCCGAUCACUAUUCCGCGCAACUAGUGCACAUCAAGAGCGAUCCGAAUGGGUAUAGCGAUGCCGAUGAGUCCUCCGAUCUGGAAGUGGCCUAAGAAGGGGCGUGGCUCUGGGUGUAUAUAUGGAAGGAUAGACAUAAGUUUUAGGAGUAUUUCUAGGGCCAGUUGAUCAUGUCGGGGUUUAUAAAUCAUUUAAAAUACAAAAUACAUGAUUAUUUUCUAUUAUUUAAAUGAUAAAACAAACGUAUUUAUUUAUGAAAUUGUUUAUACGACUGAGUACUUAAAUUAAAUAGUUCAAAGAGCAAAUUGACUUUGCGAUAUCGGCCCUUAGCUCAUAAGUUUUGUUUUGUAAAUAGAAAAGAAGACAGACCCAUUUCUGAACAUUUUUUGUUACUAAGUUAUAAGUUGAAAAACGGAAAGAAAACGCCAGAAGAACUAGAAAAGUAUCCUAAUUACAUUUAGUAAAUUCUGUACAGUCACCUAAUUGUAUGUAAAGAUGUAUGUGCGCGAAUGUAUUGUAUCAAACCAAGUGUGAAUGCAUUCUGUGGUAAUUGUUUCGUGUCCUGUGUCCAAGUCCAAAGUUUAUUGCAUCUAGAAUACAAAUCUCCAUAAAAGAGUUUUGAUAAUUAAGAUAAACACACAUACCAUACUAGACGAAAGUUAAGUGUCAUUCCUCAAACGAUUAAUUCUAAUGUUAAAACUAACUUAUUGAAACCGAAAAUAAAACGAAA